AUGUCUUAUCCCGAAUCUGAGUCCGUCAAUUCAACUUUGGAGACUGAACCCGUUCUGGAGACACCUCCCACCUCUGGGGAUGCUGUGUCGGAGUUGGACGGCGAAGAAGUUGCAGCCGAGACCUCUGACGCAGCAAUCGCACCUGUGGAGCAGAAACCUCUGCCAACCAAAAAAGAUUUCCCUACACUAGGCUCUGGCGCCUUCUUAGCUGCCACCAGCAAAGUCUCGUGGGGCCCUAACAUGAAAUCUGACGCCUCCAGCUCGUCAUCUGCGUUCAACUCAGCCACCCAGUCUCGGUCCACCACUCCUGGUGCCUCCUUCCAGGCCAAACCAGCCCGCUCACAGACUAUCCAGGAAGCAUUCUCGCUCGACCUGCAAUCGCAGGUCGCAAUCGCCAAACCUGAUUUCUCCAAGAUCGUUCAGAAGGUCAAGCAAACCCACAGUGUGUCUAUCGAGUCCACUUUGUCGAAACAAAGCCGUACGUUCUUGAUCUCCGGUAAACCAGAAGACGUUAAAGCCGCAAGAAGAGAGAUAGUUAAGAAACUAACGAAGCCCGUCACUGUCACUCUGCAGGUUCCUUCCAAGACAAGAUCAGUCAUCAUCGGCGCGGGUGGUAAAACCAUCCGUGGGAUUUCGGAUCCUUUGGAGGUCAGAAUCGACAUUGGCAAGGACGUCAACGAGGAUUCGUACGACGAAGACCUAGACGAUUCUUUGGUGGACAUCACUAUUCAUGGCGAUUUGGAGUCCGUGAGAAUCGCCCAAGAGAAGAUUCUUGCUAUUGUUAAAGAAGACACCAAGAAUGCCACCGUUAAGAUCAAUGUACCAGAUAAGAACUUGUCUCCCUUCAUUGACCUCGGAUUCCUAGAGAAAACUAUCGAAUCAAAGGUCGACGAAAAAGAGGGCAAAAUUCAGCUUUCCGGUUUGCGUGACGAUGUCCAAGCUGCGAAAACAUCGAUUCUUCAGUACUUGUCUGACCUAGCGACUCAGAUCAGAACUUUGAAGGUAACCAUCCCAACUAAGUUUCAAUUUUUGAUCGACGAUGCCUUGAUCAAACAGAACUUUAAUGUAAUUGUCAAAAUGCCUACAAUGGGUGAGGAGGAGGUUGCCUUUAUCGGCCCAGCUUCUAAGCUAGAUGAAGCCGUCACCUUUGCCAGAGAAAACUCGAAGAAAUAUAAAGUCGAGUCCCUAGAGAUUUCUAAAGCCCACGGUAAGGACCUGCAGCAUGCGAAGAACAUCGCCCUAUACUUUGCAAAAUACGACCUUCUAGGACCAAUAAAGAAUGCGCACGCUAACGUGCUCAUCGCUUUGCCUUCUCCUCAAGAGCUACAGAGUGCAGAUGCUGUCUUAGUCAGAAUCUCUUCCAAGAUUGAGCAUGCCGAAGAGUUGAAGGUUGUUCGCAAAGAAAUCAUUAACCUAGUGAACGAAUUGCCUACAUCUCAAGUUUUGGUCUUAGAUGACGUAGACUACGAGCUAUUCAGCAAAGAUAUCAAGCACUUCCUCUUGCAAGAAGAACAAAAGGCUGGAUUCGUUCAAUUGGGUGACUUUUAUGCCGAUGACGACAGAAUCAUCAUUGUAGCCCAACUUUCUGACGAGGACUUCAGACCUUCUGAUCCUGAACUGCAGCAAACCCUCAACGAAGUCAGUGCUGCUUUGGACCCUCUCCGCAGAAAGCAAGAGAAUCUAUCACAAGAGGUCAUCUCCAUGUCUUACGCGAAACAAGAGCAGUAUUUGACAGUCGGAAGUCUUACACGCAAGCUUGUUGAACAAGAUAUUGCUGCUAACGGUGGACAUGUUCAAUUCAAGCUUCACCGUCCAUCUGCCGAUUGUUUAACUGUUAGAGGUGACGGGAAGGCUGUCACAGCUACCGUCAACGCGAUUGAGUCUAUAUUGAGCCAUGAAGAUGAAAAAUACGAGAUCAAGUUCGGGGUUUCUUCGAACGCUGUUCCAAGAUUGAUUGGGUCGAAGGGCGCUAAUCUAAAUGCCAUUAGAGAGAAAUACCAAUGCAACAUCGACGUUGCCGCAAUCUCCAAUGACAACGUUACGGAAGUGACUGUUGUUGGAUUGAAGUACGCUGCAGAGCACGCCAAAGCUUACCUGGUUUCCGAGUCUAAGAAAUGGGCCGACGUGAUCACCAAAGAGUUGAAUGUUUUGCCAAAAUUCCGUGGUAAGCUGAUCGGCUCCCAAGGUGCUUACCGCACUCGCUUGCAAACUAAGUACAAUGUUUUCAUCCACUUCCCAAGCGAGGGCGAAACCAAGGGUGUCACCAUUAAUGGUCCUUCCCGUGGGGUUGCCAAGGCAUAUGAUGAACUCAAGGCUCUUUUGGACUUCGAAAUUGAGAACGGACACACCUCUAUCAUCAAAGUUCCUACUGAGCACGUUGCCCGUGUUAUUGGUAAGGGCGGUGAGAUGAUUAACGAUAUCAGAGCCGACUUUGGCGUGGAGAUGGACUUUCUACAAAAGACGAGUGAUGCCAAAGCUGCUGCUUCAGGAGAGGUUGAACUUGAAAUCACUGGUUCCAGACAGGCCAUUAAGAGCGCCACUGAAAGAGUUCAGGCCAUUGUUAAAGAGGCCUCUGACGUUGAGUCCGAGUCUUUUGAAGUCAAUCCUGACUAUAUCAAGGACAUUGUUGGUGCUGGCGGCCGUGUUCUUAAGGAGUUGAUUUCUAAAGCUGGGGGUGACGAAGUCAGAAACAAGUCCGUGGAUAUCCCAGACGCUAAAUCGCAAGAAAACAAAAUUGUUGUACAAGGUCCUAAGGCAUUUGUGAAAGCGCUAGUGAAGGAAAUCAAAACUAUUGUUGCGGAAAGAGAAAACUCUAUUACCAAAGAACUAGAAAUUCCAUCCGACAGAGUUGGUGCACUUAUCGGCCCCGGUGGCUCAGUGCGUCGUCAGUUGGAAUCCGAAUUCCGGGUCAGACUGUUGCUGCCAGAGAUCGGUGAUAAGAGUCGCAAGGUUGAAAUCUCAGGUCUUUCAGAGAACAUUGCUGCUUGCGAAAAGAAGAUAUUUUCUACAAUCAUUAGGGACACCUGCGACCUUGAGAUCAGUGUUCCUGCAUCUUAUCACGAAUUUGUAUCUGAGAAAGGUGCUUUCAUCCAAAAACUCAGAUCCGACUUCUUCGUUAACGUGAAAUUCGGCAAUGCAAACGGUAAGGCUAACAAGUUGGCUCGUUCCCGUCUAUCUAUUCCUACAGAAAACGUCGUCGGUACUGAGGAAGAGAGCAUCAAGUUCACACAGGAGGAAAUUCCAAUUGAGUUGGAUGAAGCUCAAGGCUCAAUCCCAUGGAGAUUGUCGUAUGAGCCAGUUGAUUUGUCUGACAUUUUGACACCAGAAGAGCAGGCUGCUGAGAGUCAGCCAAAGAAGGAAGAGGUUUUGGUUCAGGUCCAGAAGCUGAUCGAAGCUCGUAUCGAGCUUGCUCCACAGGCCUCCGUUGUUGGUUACUUGUGGUCGAAGAAGCCACAGGACUUUAGAAAGGUUGUAGGCUCCAUGGGUUCCAACAUCAAGAAGAUAAGAGAGGCUACUGGUACUCUGAUCAAUGUGCCAAAGAAGGGCGACAAGAUCACGGACGUCAUUUACAUCAGAGGUACCAAGACCGGGGUCGAGAAAGCUGCUGAAAUGAUCACCAAGAAGCUCAAAAACUGA